GAAUUUUUAAACCGAGGGCUGUAAUUAAGAAACACAAAAAUGAAAAGCUUUAUCAUUUGUUUGAUUAUAAUUGUUUACACAGUAUCAGAGUCAUCUGCAUUUCUAAUAAACUUCUGUCCACCAUUACUGUGUUUUCAACGUUGUAUAAAUGGAUAUGUAUUAAAUUCUAGAGGAUGUCGGACCUGUACAUGUAUUUCUGGGAGCAGUAAAAGUAAUAUUGCUACUUCCAUGAAAUCACCGAUUAUUGGUCCCCAGACAGGUGGCAGCCAACAGAUGAGUGGAAUGUUUGGUCCACAGGCCAAUAUUCAAGGAUCAUCCUAUCACAAUCCGUGUACUCCAAGUCAGGCGUUUUGUAUACUGAGGUGUGAGAAGUAUAUGACUGGUGCUAGUGGUUGUCAGUACUGUCUUUGUGACGACAGUAUACCAGAUGCAACAACAUUGCCGACAACUGUGGUCCAUCAUACUUCUGUUCCUCUAAUAAACCCGUGUAUUUCCUCUGAGACCACGUGUGAUAAAUCCUGUAACUACGGCUUUCUGAUUGGUCCAAACAAUUGCCAGUAUUGCUUAUGCUCACCAUAUGUUCAAAGAAUAACAACUGAAACACCUUCGACUUUAAACAACGCAUGCAUACCUAGCCAGAAGUGUACUCUUAAGUGUGAACAUGGAUAUGUCCAUGGACCCAGUGGUUGUCAAUACUGUUUAUGUGCGCCCAAUGCAACGCAAUCUGUACCCACCACACAGGGUCCAAGAAAAUUAUAUAGCAACGUUAACACAAUGAGUGAAAAAUGUGUAAUAGCAAUAGCUAUCUGCCAGGUGAAGUGUAAGAAAGGUUUUAUGACAGACAAAAAUGACUGUACGUUCUGCACGUGCAAGGCAGAUAUUGAAGCGGCAUUGCACCUUACCAAGUCAGUAGAACCAAUAAUCAAACUGAUGAAACCUUGUGUUCAGGAAUUCGACACGUGUAACAUCUUUUGUGCGCAUGGAUAUCUACGUGGUCCAGACAACUGUCAAUUCUGUGCAUGCUCUCACUGAGAGAGAGGCUGGUGGCGAAGAACAAAUACAAUGACUUUUGAAUAAUAAAUGAUCUGAUUCCGUU